AUGCUCCCUCGCCUCUCCAUUUAUAUACACUUCAAAUCUCUCGUUGUAACAAACAGGAGCCAAACAAACAAUCAAAAGCAGAGUUUUAUCUGAGAAAACAAAAUCAAACAAAAAUGUCGAGAGCUACCGUUGAGUUUGAUUUCUUUGGAUUGGAGAAAGCUAAUUCCUGCAAAUCUCAGUUCCAGAAAUUCACCGAUCGCCGUCGGAGCUUCCGAGAUAUUCAAGGAGCCAUUUCGAAGAUGAAUCCUGAGCUGAUUAAGUCUGUGAUUUCGUCCGGUUCGACGAACCAGAGUCCGGUUGAUUGGAGAAAGUCUUUUUCAGUGCCUUCGAAUCCUAAAGAAGAUCGUACUAGUCCGGUUCCUUCUUUACUACCUAUUCUGAAUCCCGCCUUAAGAGCUUCUUCUGAGGACGGUCGUGAAACAGCUCCGUUGACGAUUUUCUACAACGGAACGGUUUCUGUGUUCAAUGUUCCUCGUGACAAGGCGGAGAGUAUUUUCAAACUCGCGGUUGAUGGAAGCUCCAAAAAUGUCGAAUCGACUGAUUCAUCGAAAGUUUCAAAUCCUUCGAGCGAUCAGCAAAACCUUCUUGAAACUCGUAAUGGAGAUUUGCCAAUUGCUCGAAAGAAGUCACUGCAGAGAUUUCUGGAAAAGCGCAAAGAGAGGAUGACUUAUGCUUGGUAGUCGUUAUACCUAAAACAAAACGCGUUUUUUUCGAGGAAAGGCUAGCCGGUAGCACCCCCUUUGUUUACAAACUCCACAUUGAAGAUGCUAGAAAAAGGAGCCGACGAGGAGAUAGGAUAAGCUUUAGACUGAUAUUUAUAGAAGGAGAACCGACUGAAUUAUAUAAGUGAUGUGAUAGAAUGAUUUAUUAUAUAGUUUUAAAUGUUAAGGUAGUUGUGUUUUUUUCC